CACAUACCUCAGAAACAGCAGAAAUUACGAAUAUGGAAUUUUCAUCCUUUAUUUUGUGGUGCUUUGCUUUCGGAGCAGUGGGCAUUAUUGUUAUCAUCGCAAAUAUCAUUACAAUACUGGUUUUUUUCUCAAGCAAAUACCUCUUACGCAAACGACACAACCAUUUCUUGAUCCUAUUGGCAAUCUCUGAUAUAAUAGUUGGGCUGGUUGUGAUACCGUUGUACAUUUAUCAGCUGGUGUCUUGGUGGACCAACGAACACAGCGUGCUGAGAAAUACCCUUUACGACAUCUUCACAUCAAUGGACAUCUUAUGUGGAUUUGCUUCCAUCUUCACAUUGGCAGUAAUUGCUGCAGAUCGAGUGUACGCUAUUGUAUUUCCGUUUUACCACAAAGUCCCUCCUAAAGGAGUUUAUCCUUGCAUGAUAGCUACUGUUUGGGUUUUAUCCGGCCUAUUAGUAGUGUACUUCUUUUUGUUUCGGAUAAAUAUUCUCCCCAGAGAAGCUUUCGUUUAUCUGUUGUUAAUUAGCAUAUCGCUCUCCCUUCUCGUUAUUUGCACUUCUUAUUUACUAGUGUGGGCUCGUGUGAGAUGUUUCGCAAUCACUCAUGGUUUGAAGGGAGCUUCAUUCAGAGAGAGACGCUUAGCAGAGCUGUUGUUUUUAAUCACUGUUAUUUUCAUGUUUACCUGGUUACCUUUCCACAUUGUGAAUUUUAUAUUUCACUUUUGUGCAAAUCCAAAAUGUCAGCCUUCGACUAAACUUGUUUAUUUCAGCAAACUUUUGCACUACAGUAAUUCGUUUUUCAACCCCAUAGUUUAUUCUUACAGAAAUAUCGAGUUUCGACAAUGUCUGAAACGGCUCGCGAAAAAUGUAACGUCUCAGUCGAAACCUUUACUAGCAGAAAGGAAAGAACCAAAUCUUAAAGGCGAUCAGAGAAAAAGAAGGAUGCUGCUAGAGAGGCAAGAAGCGUUUCGUCGCAUUGUGAUGCAAGAAAGCAGAGUUUAG